AUGGCAAGAUGCUUAGGCUUUGCAACAUUAAUGCUUACUAUAAGCAUCUUAAUGUUAGGAAUUUAUGCUCAAUCUGAAUGUGGUAGUGACUUGAAUGUGAUUAAUAUCCAAUGUAGAAGUUUUAUUGGAAAGGAUGGGCCAAAAAUUCCACCAUCAGAACCUUGUUGUGCAGCAAUGAAAGAUCUUGAUGUCUCAUGUUAUUGCAAAUAUGUGACUCCAAUUAUUGAGGAAAAAAUCAGCAUAGAAAAAGCUUUGUAUGUAGCUGAAACUUGCCAUAGCCAAAAUAUCCUACAGACAAGUUAUACUAUAAUUCCUCGCCCUUCUCCUGUUCCUCCAAAGGCUUAA